AUGACUGCUCUCCGGAACCCAAAGGGAACAGCCAUUGCAUCGAGAAGGGAGAUGGAGAAAAGCAUCCACGACUUCUACUCUGAUCUCUUCGACAGCCAUGUCCACUUGCCUCCUCACCACCUGAGGGAAGAUGGACAAGUCAUUCCAGAGGUUCUCCCGUCCGAAAUACGACAUGCUAUCAUGUCGGUAAGAAAUCGUGCGGCAUCCGGUCCCGACAGAAUAAGACCAGAACACCUGAAGAGCCUUCCGCCAGUACUCAUCAACACCCUGGCGAGGCUCUUUACACGUUAUCUGUCCGAAUGCGAGGUUCCUAAACAGUGGAAGACUAGCAAGACCGUGUUGUUGUAUAAAAAGGGAGAUCCACAUGAAAUCGGCAACUAUCGUCCAAUCUGCCUAUUUUCCGUCAUCUACAAGCUCUUUACAAGAGUGAUCCUUAAUAGGAUUGAAAAAGUCCUGGAUGAAGGACAGCCAUGCGAGCAAGCAGGGUCUCGAAAAGAAUUAAGCACGAUUGACCACAUUCACACUGUUUCGAAACUCAUCGAGGUAUCACGAGAGUACAAGAUGCCGCUCUGUCUCACCUUCAUCGACUUGAAGAAGGCCUUCGACUCAGUUGAGACGGAAGCGGUCGUGGAAGCCGUGGACAACCAAGGCGUCCCUACUCAGUACAUAAAGGUACUUCGAGAGUUGUACAGUAACUUCACGACCGGAAUUUCGCCAUUCUACAAGAACAUCAUCAUUGACGUGAAGAGGGAGCUCCGACAGGGUGAUACAAUUUCACCCAAAAUAUUCACAGCCACCCUCGAGAACGCAGUGCGAAAGUUGGAAUGGGACGACAUGGGAGUGAAGGAUGAUGGUCGGCAGCUACACCAUUUGCGCUUUGCUGAUGACAUCGUACUGAUAACACCUAGCAUCAGCCAAGCGGAACGAAUGUUGACCGAAUUCGACGAAACAUGUGGAUGCAUCGGUCUUCAGCUGAAUCUGCAAAAGAACAUGUUCAUGCGGAACGGAUGGGUCUCGGAUGCCCCAUUCACGCUCAACGGAACGAACAUAUCCGAAUGCACCAGUUACGUUUUUUUCUGGGUUGGGAACUGA